AUGAAGGUUAUAUGUGCAGGACUGAGCAAAACAGGUACGAAAUCUCUAGCCAAAGCCUUGAGGAUGCUUGGCUUCACAGUGUUCGAUUAUCCCGAACAUAGGAAGGUUCAUCUUCACGAGUGGCUUGACGUUUACUGCCAGGGUAAGGAGCCUGACUUCGUCUCUAUGUACCGAAACGUUGAUGCUGUAACGGAUAUUCCCUCCGCGUAUUGGUUUCAAGAAAUUUACGAAACUUUUCCCGACGCAAAAGUCGUUCUGUCUGUGAGAGACAGCGAAGAAGUUUGGGUUAAGAGUUGGGUGGAACAAUUGGAGAUAAUUCAAACUCUCGGAAAAGUUUUUAACAGAAUUCUAAUCAGAUAUCCCAACAGAAUAAAGCAGUGGCUCUUUGGGAAAAGAGUGCCUAUAGCUUUUCUUGAGACCAUAAUAAAUGGAACGUUUGGUAGUCUGAAUACGCAGUCAACUUUUUUAUUCAAAAAGAAAUAUCGCGAGCACAACGAACGAGUACAAGCGAUCAUCCCGAAGGAGAAACUGCUGAUUUACAACGUGAAACAAGGGUGGAAACCUCUGUGCGAAUUUCUGGGAUGUGAGAUUCCGGAAGAAGAAUUUCCAAGAGCAAACGUAGGCUUAUCUUUUACCAAAGAUUUGGUUUCAGCAAGACUUAAAACCAUCCAAAGGAAUGUAAUUGUUUUCUCGCUCGUUCUAGCAUUGCUUGCGACUGUUUUUUAUUUAGUUUAUCAUUGGUGA